AUGGUGUCUAGAGACGACAUAAUCACCUAUGGUUCGUCUACUAUUAUAGGAAAAAAUAUCAAUAUUCGUCUGAUUGAUUUUCCAUUGAUUCAUCCACGAGCAUCAAAUCUUAUCAAGGCUCAAUACAUAAAAUUUCGUGAUCAAUUGACUAAAAUGAUAUUGACCAAUGUUGCACAUAGACGAGAACAAGAUCAACGUUUUACUUAUAUUUUGGAAAUUAUUUGGAGUGAUAUUAUUGAUGAUGUUGUUGAGUUUAAUAAUAACUUUCCUGAAAGUGAUGGAAUUCCAAUGAUAUUUAUCUGUUUGGAUAAUGAUCUCUUACUAGAACAAGAAAACCUAUUGAGACGUCGAUAUUUCGAAAGUUUUCUAUUUCAUUUAUAUAAUACAUCAAUCGAAGAACUCAAUACGAUGACUAUCUAUCAUUUUCAUAGUCAUCAAUCCAGUGAAAUCACACGUUAUAAUUCGAUACAGUUCGAAUGGAACUUUGGUACAUUCAUUGAACGAUUGAUUUCUUCUCGAAAUUCAUCAUUACCUUUCUAUCCUUUACUUCUACAUGUAAAUAGCAUAAGUAGUGGCUUAGUAUUUAAUUAUUACUAUUCUUAUCUCAAUCGUCAAGUUGGUUCUACAAAUAGUAUCUUUCUUGAUUUGACUUUCAAUGCUAUAAUUUCGAAAGAAAAUCUUCCACAAACACUUAUCAUUGUCUUGCAUACAUUGAUUGAAAGUGUCUUUCUGCAUAAGAAUCCAUCUAGUGUGAUGACAAACCAUCUUGAUCUAAUACAAUCAAAUCCUUUGCAAUUGAAUUUGGACGUGGACAGCUACAAGAUUAUCGAUAAUUGGGGAACACAUGUGAUAUUUUGCAUUCAUGGUGUUAGUGAUUUUGGUUAUAGAGUACAGAAAGUUUAUAUUUGGCAAAAAAAUUUGCCUCUCGAUACUCUCAUAUAUAUUCGACUUAGAGAUGAUGUACGAAAAUGGAAUAUCGAAUAUGAACCAUGUUCUUCGGGUGGUAAUGAUGAAAUUGAUGAAUCAUCAUUAGCUACUUUUCAUAUUCGAAUUAGACCGAAUAGAAAAUGUUUUAUCUUUUCUAUGACACGUGCACCAACUAUAUCAGAUCGAUACGGAGGCGUCAGUACAAUGAAGAAAACCAGCAAAGAUUCAUAUCAUCGAUAUAUUAUUGAUCCAGCUAAUCGUCAGAGUGCUAACCAACAACGAAUCAAAGAAAUUCGUAUUGCACCAGUCUACUAUUUACUGGCAAAAUCCUCGUGUGAUUGUGGACAAGCUAAUAUUGGUGGAUGUCAAGAAAAUCAAGAAACUUUCUUAGAAGGUACAAUUCGAGAUCCAGUUGAACCCAAUCGAAUUAAAUUGGCUUAUGUUCAUAAUAAAGUCCUUCGAUCACCUAAAAUGAUACAUUACAAUCGAUAUCUACGUCGAACAUAUUACUAUAUAGAUGUAAUAGAUGAGAAUGGAGAAAUCAUUCGAUAUCUCUUCUGUGCAGAAUAUCCAUACAUUAUGUCAAUUCUUGAUCAACUCUAUCAAAUGGGUCAGAUUAGUCGAGCACAAAAACGUGAUGAAUAUGUACGUUUCUGUAAUAUACUUCAACGAUUGAUCGAACUUGAUUCAUGGCCUGAAUCGAUUCGAUUGAUUCAAUUUGACGAUGAUCAAUAUCGAUCGACGAAUGAAUUUAAUGAUUGUCUAUCAAACGCAAUGGGUUAUGCUGAUGUCAAAUCAUUUUGGUUACAAAUUACGGAAGAUAUCGAUGAAUAUUAUGAACCAUCACCGACAAUAGCAGCAUCUAUUGAUAUCAACACAAAGAUAAUUCCUAAUGAACAAAACAAACGUAUAGCCUUGUUUUUUACUGAAAGAGCACAAGAAGAUCCAUCGAUUAGAACUUUGAUCACAGACCUGAAAGAAAAAUUACAACAACAGGAUUAUCUCGUCGAGUCGGCCAAUACUCAUCAAAAGAUUGAACAGAGUAUUUUCAUUUGUACAGGUCGACAAAACGAUGAAGACAAUCGUCAAAUGAUGCGUAUUGCACAACAUAAUAUCAUACAACGUGAUACUAUGCGUGAUGUUUUCAUUCUUGUUAAUGAAGCUAUUGAACAGUUUCCAUGCCAAUUCAUUCGUUCGAUCCCUUAUCUAACCGUAGAUCUUCAUCAUCGAACACCACAAUGGAAUGAGAAUGAAAUUCAUGAAGUAAUUAGUUAUCUCAAUAAGAUGAAUGUACUAUCGAAAGAUUAUACUGAUCCAUCUGAAAAUCGAAUUGAAUUAUUCGAUCAAGAAUUAUCUAUCCAAUGUACUAGUGUCGGAUUAGGUUGUGCUGCAGCUUUCUAUUUUAACUAUGCUAAAUUGAUUACUUCGACAAAUGAUCAUCAAUAUCGAUUGGAUAUGAUCGAAAUGGAAUUGAACAAGGAACAUAAUCAGAAUCAAAUGACUUUCAUUCGAAAAUGGAUUUUUAUUCUUCCGUGGACUAUUGAAAAUUCUACACAGUUGAUUCCAAGUAUUCUCAAAUUGACAGAAGAAGAACAAAGAAUGAUUGGAUUCAAAUUGACUGCAUGGAAACCGAUCGAUACGAAUUUCUCUCAUCUACAAUUGACAAUAACUGUCGGUGGUGUCUUUCAACGUUCGUAUAGUACAUUAAUGAUUUAUCAGUUGACAUGUUUGGCUGAUGGCAAAACUAUUUAUUUUCCCAUGGAAAUACCAGCUGCUUUGAAUGGUCUACAAAAUCAAUAUCAAUGCAUACUGUCACAUUUCAAUUUUGGAUGUUUUGAUCCAGUAGAACAAGCUCGAAUCUUUCGAGAACAAGUUUUCGAUUAUCAGUUGAGAGAUUUUCAAGCCAAAUGUCAUAAGCAUAUUAUUUUAAUUCCCUUGAAUGAAUUUACUGAGAAUCAUGUCAGAACAGCUAAAAUAUUACUUCCAACUCUUUGGACUCAACUGACUUUACCAAUUGCACACGAUAGCACGCAGUAG